CUGUUUCCCUUCAGUUACUUUUUGAAGUUCAGAUUCAGGCAACAUUAUGAGAACGAGCCUACGCUGGAUAGUUGAAUCCACUUUCGUUCAUAUGAGAGGAAUGUAAGAGGAAUUCGCGACCAGUCUGACAGUUUUAGGAGCUAGACCGAGUUUGUUUUAUAAGAUUUAGAGAGGAUAAAGCGCCACUGUACCGGGACGCGAUCCAGCGUCAUGCCCGAGCUGUCGAAGAUGAAGAAGCCCGACGUCAAGGUUGUUCUCCUGGGAGACAUGAACGUGGGGAAGACGUCGCUGCUCCACAGGUACAUGGAGAGAAAGUUCAGAGACACCAUCAGCACCGUUGGAGGGGCAUUUUUCCUCAAACAGUGGGGACCUUACAAUAUCUCAAUAUGGGACACUGCCGGUCGUGAACAGUUCCACGGGUUGGGUUCAAUGUACUGUCGAGGUGCAGCCGCUGUCAUCCUCACUUAUGACGUCACCAACUGGCAGAGCCUAGCUGAACUGGAGGAGCGCUUCCUGUCCCUGACUGAUACUGCUAACCAUGACUGCAUUUACAUGGUAGUGGGCAACAAGGCUGAUCUCACAGACUCUAAAGCCCUGCUGUCCCAGGACUCAGAUUUGGCGUCUGAGUGUGAGGACAAGAGGACAGAACCACAACUGUUAUCUGCUUGCCCCACACCCCCGGCAUCCCCUACUUCCUUUUCUGGGAUAACACUACACAAACAGGUCAACCUUGAGGAUGCAGUGGCUUUUUAUGGGAGAAUACUACGCUACAAGGGCCUUGAGGAAAAGAGCAGCCUGCCUGCAGAGAAGAUGUGCUUUGAGACCAGUGCCAAGACGGGCUACAAUGUGGACACUCUAUUUGAGGCAUUGUUUGAUCUGGUGCUGCCUUCCAUCCUAAGGAAGAGAAACGAGAACCAGGAGUCUCCUACAGUGGACCUGGAGGAGUGCAGAGGGGCCGGCAACAAGCGGGCCAGAUCUGCCUGCUGCUAGGGGCUAUAGUUUGUUACCAGCAGAGACUUGUUUUUAACUAAGGAAAAUCAAGAGGUUGAUGUGUACUGAAUACAUACUGUGAUGGUACUACUUAUUUGCCUCGACUGAGAACCAACAUUAAUGACCUCCCAGUAACACAAACACACAUUCUUGAUUCUGUCCGGAAAAGCAGCUAGCAUUCAUAGUGUCCGCUGACAUUUGAAGGAAGGGAAAUAAACGAAUGUUGCGUUAUAGCUCUACGCUUUAAAGCCUUUCAACCCAAUGACUGAACCACACUUGUAUCCCAAAGACGUGCCUGUGGGCAAAUAACACACAUAAGAAGUCAACCACUGCUUUUUGUUAAGGUUUUGGACUGAGAACUGAGACUGAGAAAUUAUCAGCACUAAUUGUUAUGUUGGUGGCACUGUUUAUUACAGUUGUAUUUUAAGGUUUCCACAAAUCACACUUUUGUUUUCUUUUAUGCUUUGUUACUAGCAUUGAUACAGAUCUUUAUAUUUUUUGGCACUUUUGGAUCUUUUUUUAUUGUGUUAAUAAACCUGUAGAAUUUUUAACUAUGCUGUCAUAAUACAUAUUUUUAUUUUGCUGACUGCCAGAUAAGGUUAAUAUUGUGAGAGUAAAAUGAUACAGUCAGAACUAUAACAAACAACUUUUAAUCUUUACAAUCCAAUGAAAUAAUGGAAGGAAAAUGACCAAUAUUACAUUACAGUUAAUUGUCAGUAUAUUCCUGGUUGAAUCAAACAGUUUAUUUUCAAACAAGUGGAUCUAGGAGAAGUAGAACAUUUGACCUAUUUUCUAAAUUGUGUAAUACACUCUAACUUAUCCCAAGUGACCACAGCAUGGAUUUGCUGCAGUCAGACCUUUGAUUCGAGCCGUUUACAUUCUGUCGUGUUGGCAACUCGGGACAGUUCAAUAAUUAGUAGAUUUGUAAAGGAAAAUAAGUGUGACAUGAGUACUAUUAGACAAGGUAUAUGUUUAAACUCUAAGGGAGGGGGGUCAAGUUCAUUCAGCUGGUAUAAAUACAAAGAAUCAGUGCAUUGUGUGAACAUAUGGUGUAUGAAAAAAUAAGAGUUAAAGAUGACUUUUUUGCAAUAGUUGAGUAAUGCAUAAAAUGGACAAACAGUUUGAAAGCUCGGAUUAUAAAA